AUGGCGACGUUUCCAUCUGACGAAAGUACUGGUAUGGUGCUGCUGGCCGGAAACUCGCACCCCGAAUUGGCACGACUAAUUUCUGAUCGUUUGAAUGUGAAGCUUGGGGACGUGAUUGUCUACAACAAGACAAAUCGAGAAACAGCUGUUGAGAUUCGGCAAAGUGUUCGCGGGAAACAUGUUUUUAUUCUUCAGUCAGGCUCCAAGUUAGGUGGCUUUAGAGAUGUUAACAACAGCAUUAUGGAGCUCAUGAUUCUGGUAUAUGCUUGCAAGACUUCUAUGGCAAAAAGGAUAACUGUAAUAAUGCCAUAUUUGCCCUACAGUAAGCAGUGUCGCAUGCUCAGAAGGUCUGCGAUUCCAAUGAAAUUGAUUGCUGAUAUGUUAUGCAAAUCAGGGGCCAUGCGUAUGGUUUCCCUCGACCUUUACAAGAAGGAAAUUCAAGGGUUUUUUUCAAUACCAGUUGAUAACUUGCGAGCUUCUCCCUUCCUUCUACAGUACAUUAAAGAAAAUAUCCCAGAUUACAAAAAUGCAGUGAUUGUAGCAAAAAGUCCAGGAGUUAUGAACAAGGCUACAUCCUAUGCCGAUCGGUUAAGAUUAGGAAUCGCUGUAAUCCAUGGUGAACAAAAGGAUAACGAGGAAAGUGGUCUAGAGGACGGCCGUCAAAGCCCUCCUAUUGAAACGGCUCAACACGAUUUAGCUUCGUUUGAGCUUUAUCCCACUCAAGUUCCGAAGGAAAAACCACCUUUGACUGUAGUUGGUGAUGUUGGUGGGAGAAUAGCCAUCAUGGUUGAUGAUAUUAUUGACGAUGCACAAUCGUUUGUGGCGGCCGCCCAAGUGCUAAAAAAUCGUGGAGCUUAUAAGAUCUACGUCAUAGCUACACACGGCUUGCUCUCAGCAGAUGCCCCUGGAUUGCUCGAAUCAUCCCCUAUUCAUGAGGUUAUUGUUACAAAUACCGUUCCUCAUGGAGCACAGAAAAUGCGUUGUCACAAAAUUAAGACUGUUGAUAUAUCGUUGAUGUUGAGUGAAGCUAUACGUCGGAUAUAUCAUAAUGAAUCUAUGGGUCAACUUUUCCGAGAUGUAACAAUUGAUGAUUAA